UUUGAUUUGGUGCCCCCCGAAUCAGAGUUCUUGGUUGGCGACCGUGACUGGGUGCUGUAGCCUUCAUCUUCUACCGGCCUAAAAUUCGUUUCCUGCUACGGCCAUAGUCAGCUUUCUACUUCUCUUCGUAAAACGGUUCAGUUCCAAGAAGAAAAAGAAGACAACAAACAUCGAAAUUAGGCCUCUUAGGGUUUUAUCCAAUCGGAAGUAAUCCACAUGCCGAGUUAGGGUUUUCCCAUUCUGCAAAGCAGCUUACACACCAAUUCGAACCAUGUCGAAAAGGAAGUUCGGUUUCGAAGGCUUCGGCAUAAACCGCCAAACCACCUACAACUUCGAACGCUCUCAACAAGCUCCACAGCGAUUAUAUGUUCCCCCUUCUUCACGCUCAAAGGCCCACGACAACUACGAAGACAACGACCUUGACAAUAUAGAUUACGAGGAGAAUGAUACUUCCAAGGAUGGAGGCGAUAACGGUAAUGGUGGAGCUGAGAACGAGGAAAUUGACCCUCUCGACGCGUUCAUGGAGGGUAUCCACGAGGAGAUGAGGUCGGCGCCGCCCCCGAAACCGGUUGAGAAGGCGGAGAAGUACAAGGACGAUGAGGAAGACGAUCCGGUGGAGAGCUUUCUCAGGGCGAAGAAAGACUUGGGUUUGACGCUGGCUUCUGAUGCGCUUCAUGCUGGUUAUGAUUCCGAUCAGGAGGUUUAUGCGGCGGCUAAGGCGGUUGAUGCUGGGUUGUUAGAGUACGAUUCAGAUGAUAAUCCGGUGGUUUUGGAUAAGAAGAAGAUUGAACCAAUUCCGGCUCUUGAUCAUAGCUCGAUUGAUUACGAGCCAUUUAAUAAGGAUUUUUAUGAGGAGAAAGAUUCAAUAUCUGGGAUGAGUGAGCAAGAUGCUGCUGAAUACCGAAAGAGCUUGUCCAUCCGUGUGUCGGGUUUUGAUGUACCAAGGCCAAUUAUGACAUUUGAAGAUUGUGGUUUUUCUUCACAACUCAUGAAUGCUAUUAAAAAACAAGCCUAUGAAAAGCCUACACCAAUACAAUGCCAAGCUUUACCCAUUGUGCUUUCUGGGACAGAUAUUAUUGGUAUAGCAAAAACUGGUUCUGGUAAGACUGCUGCUUUUGUUCUUCCCAUGAUUGUCCAUAUCAUGGAUCAGCCUGAACUUGAGAAAGAAGAGGGUCCUAUUGGAGUGAUAUGUGCACCCACUAGAGAACUGGCACACCAAAUAUAUUUAGAGUCCAAGAAAUUUGCAAAAUCUCAUGGGAUUCGUGUAUCUGCUGUGUAUGGUGGAAUGUCCAAACUUGAACAGUUCAAAGAGCUCAAGGCAGGAUGUGAGAUAGUUGUUGCUACUCCUGGGAGAUUGAUAGACAUGCUGAAAAUGAAGGCACUAACAAUGUCGAGGGCAACUUACCUGGUACUUGAUGAGGCUGAUCGGAUGUUUGACCUUGGAUUUGAGCCACAAAUUAGGUCUAUUGUUGGUCAGAUCAGGCCUGAUCGUCAGACAUUACUAUUUUCUGCAACAAUGCCUCGUAAGGUUGAAAAGUUGGCUAGAGAGAUUCUCACUGAUCCUGUAAGAGUUACCGUGGGGGAGGUGGGAAUGGCCAAUGAGGAUAUCACUCAGGUUGUUCAUGUGAUUCCUUCUGAUGCUGAGAAGUUGCCCUGGCUUCUUGAAAAGCUACCUGAAAUGAUUGAUAAUGGAGAUGUUUUGGUGUUUGCUUCAAAAAAAGCUACAGUGGAUGAGAUUGAAACCCAGCUGACUCAGAGAAGUUUUAAAGUCGCAGCUCUUCAUGGUGACAAAGACCAGGCUUCAAGGAUGGAGACUUUGCAGAAAUUUAAGUCCGGCAUCUAUCAUGUUCUUAUUGCAACAGAUGUUGCAGCUCGUGGUCUUGACAUCAAGUCAAUUAAGUCUGUGGUUAACUUUGAUAUUGCGAGAGACAUGGACAUGCAUGUACAUCGUAUUGGGAGAACAGGUCGUGCUGGUGACAAAGAUGGGACUGCUUACACUCUUAUAACACAGAAAGAGGCACGGUUUGCUGGUGAAUUGGUUAACAGUUUGGUUGCUGCUGGUCAGAAUGUGUCAGUGGAGCUAAUGGAUCUUGCCAUGAAGGAUGGGAGAUUCAGGUCCAAACGGGAUGCAAGGAAAGGAGGUGGAAGAAAAGGUAAAGGGAAGGGUGGAGGCGGUGGCGGUGGCGGUGGCGGUGGCGGUGGUGGUGGCAGCGGUCGAGGUGUACGUGGAGUGGAUUAUGGUUUGGGUAUAGGAUACAAUCCCGAAUCCAAUGCGCCAUCUCAUAGUGUGCCUAGUCGAUCAGCAGCAGUAAAUUCUCUAAGGACAGGCAUGAUGGCACAAUUCAAGAGUAGUUUCGUUGCUGCUUCAUCCAACAGUCAGAGUCAAGGCUCGAGUAAUAGUACAAGUGCGUCUGCCAACAGGAGACCAGCAUUACCUGGAUUUGUGUCUGGUGGUUCAAUAGGUGGGGAUUCAUAUAGAACUCAGACAACCAACCCAGUUACUCCUGCUCCUACAUCAGGGGUAAACAAAUUCGGUCAGAACUCUGGAAAUGUAACUCAGAACGAUUUGGAAAGUUCUAGAGAUCGACCUAGAGAAAGGCGGAGGCCGUCUGGUUGGGACCGUUAGUUUGAAUUUUGUUUAUGUAUUUAUUUUACCAUGUGUAUGAAUUUAUUUUUUAUUACGUCAUAACUUUUGUAGCAUAUUAAGCAAUAUGAUAAUAUUGUUUUUCUUCUUUU